UAAAUAUAUACAUAUAUAUAUACAGUAGCAAAACCAAAUAUAAAGCACUAUAUAAAUAAGUGCUAAUCUCGUUAGUCUCGGAAUUUAUUGUGCGAACCUGUACAUUGCCCACGCUCAAACCGGACAAGAGUGAAGCAUUGCGAUUUUUUUAUUGGCCGGGACUGAGAAAAAUUGUUCCUUAAGAAACCACUAAUUGUUCAAUUGUUGAAUUAUCAAUUGUCAAGAUUAGAUCAAGAUCAUUUAAAGAUUAUAGAUAAUUGAUAGUUGGAUUUGAUCUGGAAUUAAAAAUGUUAAGAAGCUCAGUAUCUCAUAAACUUAACUCUAACAAAUUUUCUCAAUUUGUUAGAUUUGCAUCAACUAAAUAUGAUGUCGUUGUUAUUGGUGGUGGACCAGGUGGUUAUGUUGCUGCUAUUAAAGCUGCUCAAUUAGGUUUUAAUACUGCUUGUGUUGAAAAGAGAGGUGCUUUAGGUGGUACAUGUCUUAAUGUUGGAUGUAUUCCAUCUAAAUCUCUUUUAAAUAAUUCUCAUUUAUAUCAUCAAAUUAAACAUGAUUCAGCUCAUAGAGGUAUUGCUAUAAAUGGUGAAGUUUCUGUUGAUUUCCCAAAAUUAAUUGAAGCCAAAGAUAAAGCUGUUAAAACUUUAACUGGUGGUAUUGAAUUAUUAUUUAAAAAAAAUAAAGUUACUUAUAUUAAAGGUGAAGGUUCAUUUGUUGAUGAAAAGAAUCUUAAAGUUAAACCAAUUGAUGGUGGUGAAGAACAAGAUAUUGAAGCUGAUCAUUUCAUUGUUGCCACUGGUUCUGAACCAACUCCAUUCCCAGGAAUUGAAAUAGAUGAAGAAAGAAUUGUUACUUCAACUGGUAUUUUAUCUUUAAAAGAAAUUCCAAAGAGAUUAUCAAUUAUUGGUGGUGGUAUUAUUGGUUUAGAAAUGGCUUCUGUCUAUUCUAGAUUAGGUACUGAAGUUACUGUCAUUGAAUUUUCUCCAGCUAUUGGUGCUGGUAUGGAUGCUGAAGUUGCUAAACAAUCUCAAAAAUUAUUAGCUAAACAAGGUUUAAACUUUAAAUUAGGUACUAAAGUUACUUCUGGUGUAAGAGAUGGUGAAGUUGUUAAAAUUGAAGUUGAAAAUGUUAAAUCAGGUAAAAAGGAAGAAUUAGAAGCUGAUGUAUUAUUAGUUGCUAUUGGUAGAAGACCAUAUACUGAAGGUUUAAACUUAGAAGCUGCUGGUUUAGAAGUUGAUAACAGAGGUAGAUUAAUUAUUGAUGAUCAAUAUAGAACUAAACAUGAACAUAUCAGAGUCAUUGGUGAUGUUACUUUUGGACCAAUGUUGGCUCAUAAAGCUGAAGAAGAAGGUAUUGCUGCUGCUGAAUAUAUUAAACAUGGUCAUGGACAUGUUAAUUAUGGAAAUAUUCCAUCUGUCAUGUAUACUCAUCCAGAAGUUGCUUGGGUUGGUCUUAAUGAAGAACAAUUAAAGGAACAAGGUAUUAAAUAUAAGGUUGGUAAAUUCCCAUUCAUUGCUAAUUCAAGAGCCAAAACUAAUUUAGAUACUGAUGGAUUUGUUAAAUUUAUUGCUGAUGCUGAAACUCAAAGAGUUUUAGGGGUUCAUAUCAUUGGUCCAAAUGCUGGUGAAAUGAUUGCUGAAGCUGGUUUAGCUUUAGAAUAUGGUGCUUCAACUGAAGAUAUCGCCAGAACUUGUCAUGCUCAUCCAACCUUAUCUGAAGCUUUCAAAGAAGCUGCUUUAGGUACUUUUGAUAAAACUAUUAACUUUUAAGUCAACCUAAAAAAUAAUCUAGAUUUCGAAUGUCUUGACUUUUAAUCUAAAAUUAUCUUCUUUACUCUUUGUAUAUUCAUAAUCAUACAAAUAAUACAUACAAGUGUACAUUAUAAAAAUUUAUAUGGUGAUGUCGCGGAUUUGAUG